AUGGCGGACACGAAGCUUAGGGAAGUCGUCAAGCAGUAUGAGGGGAAGCUCGCGGCGCUCGGCGCCAUCAACGACGCACUGCGGCAGGAGAAUGAGCAGCUACGCGCUGACCUGGAGGACGCGGCGCUCCCGCGCGGGGAUGCAGAUGCCGAGGAGGCCGCGGAGCUGCGGGAGGAGUUUGCGCGGCGGCUGGGGGAGCACCAGCGCACCAUCGAGGCCCUCAAGGACAACAAUGCCAGACUGCAAGAGCAGCUCAAGUCCGCCGCCGGCGCCGAGCGCGCGCGCGCCAAGGAGCUCGAGGGCGAGAAGGAGAAGCUGCUGGGCAGGUGCCAGGCGCUCGAGGCGCAGCUGAGCGACGCGCGGAGCGCCGCCGCUGCUGCUGCGGCGGAGGCGGAGGCGGAGCUGCUGGCGGCGAGGCAGGGGCUGCGGGAGUGCCAGCAGGAGGCGGCGGAGCGGUUGGCGCAGGAGCGGCAAGCGGCGGAGGCGGCCUUGGCCGAGGCGCGCAGGGCUGCAGCAGCUGACGGUGAGGCGAGCGCGGACGACGCGCGGCGGCGGGAGGCGGCGAUGGCCGCGGCGCUGGCAGAGGCGCAGGCGGGCGUGCAGCAGCAGCGGGCGGCGGCGGCGGCGGCGGAGGACGCGGCGCGCAGGGCGGUGGCUCAGCUGCAGCUGCGUGUGCGGAUCUUGGAGGAGCAGAACAAGGAGGCAAUGGCGGGCACGAGCGACGCCACGCAGCCGCUGCUGCGGCAGGUGCAGUCCCUCGCCGCCGCCCUCGCGUCGGCGCAAGCAGCCGCGGCCGACGCAGAUCUGCAGGCCGCAGCGCGCCUCUCUGCCGCCGACGGCGCCGCGUCCGCCGCGCGCGCGUCCGCCGCGGCAGCGGAGGCGCGUGCGGCGGCGGCGGAGGCCGCGCUCGGCGCGGCGCGGGGCGCGGCGGCGGCGGCCGCGCAGGAGGCGGCGGAGCAGCGGUCGCGGGCAGAAGCGGCGGCGCGGCAGUGCCUGGCUGUUGAGGCGGAGAGGGACGCGGCGGAGGAGCGGCUGGCGGCGGCGCGGCGGCGCGAGGAGGGCUUGCGGCAGGAUCUGGAUGCAGCACAGCGCGACCUGCAGGAGAAGCAGUGGGAAGCUAAGCAGCAGCUGGCCCUGCUGUCCCGCCAGCGGGACGGCCUGCAAGAGAGGGCAGAGGCGCUGCUGCAGCACCAGCAGGAGCUCCAGGCGCAGCUGCAGCAGUGGCAGCUGUCCGCGGGCCCCGGCGCGCGCCGGCCACCGCUGGGGGGCGCCGCGUCGGCGUCGGCGCAGGCGCUCCAAAACGGCACCGGCGAGGGCGGCGGGGCGCUGGCGGGCGGCCGGAGCUGUAGUGGCUCUCAGCAGCCGCAGCACCAGGGCAGCGGGCUGGACGGGCUGGCGUCGCCUCGCAGCGGCGUGUCCCUGUCAGCGCUGGUCGCGAGCAACCGGCUGUCACUGAACGCGGCGGGCCCGGGGAGCGGCAGCGGCGGCGGCAGCGGCCCCGGCAGCCCCGCGCGCGGGCGGUCGCUGUCGGGCAGCUUCUCGGGGGCGCUCGGCCCGGAGGCUUCCCUCGCAGCCGCACAGGCGCAGCUGCAGCAGGCGCAGCGGGCGGCGCAGCGGGCGGCGGCGGAGGCGGCGGCGGCGCGCGCGGAGCGGGACUCCGCGCAGGAGCAGCUGUAUGAGGCGCUCAAACGCGCGGGCGAGGGGGAGGCGCGCGCAGCGGAGGCGGAAAAGCUGCAGCAGCGACUGGCAGAGACGCAGCACGAGCUGGGGGUGGCUGUCGAGCUGCUGGGGGAGCGCAGUCUGCGUAUAGAGGAGCUGGAGGCUGACAUCAGCGAGAUGAAGGCUAUCUUCCAGGCGCAGAUGGACGAGGCCGCACACCAGCUCGACAGGCUGCAGCGCGCCGCGUCAGGGGCAGCCGCCGCCGGCGGCCCUGGCGGCAGCAGCGGCGGCGCGUGA